GGCGUUCGUCCCUUCCCUCUCCUACCUUCUUUCGCAUCUUUCAGACCCGCGUUCAGCAUCAGCACUCCUUUCACGAUGAAGGCCACCAUGAUGAAGCUCGUUGCGCUUGCGCUUAUGGCCGUGGUCGCUGUGUCUGCGCAGGACGAUACCUUCGAGACGAACGCGCCGGCGGACACGACCGACCUGAUGCCCACCGCGACGGACAUGCCCAUCGUCUCCGUGACCGACACCGUUGUCACCGACUCGACCACGACGGAGACGGAGACGGAGACGAGCGAUUCGGAGAGCUCAUCAAAGGCCUCCUCCCGCUCGAGCCGCGCCUCGUCUGCGAGCAGCUCCGGAUCGAAGAGCGGCAGCAGCAGCACGACCAGGGUGUCGACCACGGCGACGAGGACCACCACCUCCGAGACGGCGGUCGUGACGCACAAGGACCCCUUCGAGGACGGCGACGACUCGAACGGCGCCAUGGGUUUCGACGCGCGCACCGGCCUCGUCGUCGGCGCUGUCGCUGGCGUCAUGGGCUUCAUGCUCUGAGGGAGCGCCAAAUGAGGAGGAGGUUGUGAGGAGGUAGCGGUGGCGGAACUACGACGAGGCGGCCCACUAUACCCUAACGGACUCGGGCUAUUGCCUCGCGUACUGCCCUAAAGGCGUCAGGAGGACCUGGCGCGCUAAUACGGUGGCGAUUCGCUGUAAUGAUGUGGUGAACAUGCGAUGGGACUUCAUGGGACAUUCACUUACGAUAGGUUGUGCAUGUAGGGUAGACUAUGGUGCGACCCUCUUGUCGAAAUGGCGGUUCAGAUUGCGUUUGUU